AUGAAUGGUAAUAUUCGUGUCACUUUAGGUAUCGUAAAGGCUAUUUUAUCAUCUUGUCUCUCCGAACGUAAUUUUAGAAAGUGUAUAAUGGCAGAUACUCAAAUGCAAACCGACGUUCCGACACCAGAGGAUUCUCCUGACUCUUCAAAAAAAGUCUGGCCUGGUCGUUGGACUCAUAUUAAUAAAAUAUUGGAUAGGAGAGGUCCUUUUUGUGACAAGAGUUUCAGUCCUGGUCACGGUGAGGAUAUUUUACUUAAUCAAUGCAGAGUUCUUGUAAUCGGUGCUGGCGGUCUUGGAUGUGAGAUCUUGAAAAAUUUGGCAUUGUCUGGUUUUAAGGAUAUCGAAGUUAUUGACAUGGAUACCAUCGAUGUUUCGAAUUUGAACAGACAAUUCUUGUUCAGGCCGGCUGAUGUUGGAAGUCCUAAAGCUAAAGUUGCCGCAGAAUUUAUAAUGAAGCGAGUUGCAGGUGUAAAAGUUUCUUAUUAUCACGGAAAAAUCCAGGAUAAAGAUGAUGAUUAUUAUCUUGGCUUCCAUUUGAUCAUUUGUGGACUAGAUUCAGUGGAAGCGCGAAGAUGGAUUAAUGCUACGUUGGUGAAUAUUGCACAGGAUGAUCCCGAAAAAAUCCGUGUUUUGAUCGACGGUGGGACCGAGGGUUUUAAGGGUCAAGCACGUGUGAUCAUUCCGACGGUAACAUCCUGUUAUGAAUGUUCGUUAGAUAUGUUAAAUAAACAAACAGUAUUUCCAAUUUGCACCAUUGCAAAUACACCAAGGUUGCCCGAACAUUGUAUAGAAUGGGCGCCAGUUAUACAAUGGCCAAAAGAACGUGAAG